GCGGUCGUCAUGAUCAAGGAGCAAGUCAUUGACAUCGCCCCGGUCACCACCCGCUACAGCACUUUCACGGGCGGCUUCGGCAUGAUCGUGGGGGGCGUCGGCGCCAUUCUGGGCGAUUGUCGCCUUCGCCCCGGAUCUUGUCCCGAUCGUGUUGGACGGCAUGCCCGACAACGGGCUGCUCAACACGGGCUGCUCAACCGGGGCAGCGAGUCGUUCGACGACGGGGAGAAAGGGCACGGCGUCGUCCGGCCGCCGGGUAACGACCACGCCGCCGUGGAGCGCCGCCUCCGGGGCAACUGCCGCCGCGCGCAGGCCGACGAGGCGCUGCAGUUCCUCUGCUUCGGCAUGGCCGCCGGCCUGGUCGCGAUCGGGUACCUGCAGAUGCGGCGCGCCGGGCCCGGCAGGGGCAGGACGGGGGCUUAUGUUGCUUAG